GGCGGAAAAAGUGCUAGCUUCCGGGACAGACGCCGGGCUGCCGGAAUUGCGUGGCCGCCGGGGCCAUGGCGGCGCUCGCCGUCGUCUGCCUGCUGGUCCAGGCUGCUUCCUGGCCGCUGAUCACGGCCUCGGGCGAGUUCUGGCCCGGCCAGUCGGCAGCGGACAUCCUGUCGGGGGUGGCGUCCCGCAGACGGUACCUCCUGUACGACGUCAACCCCCCAGAAGGCUUCAACCUCCGCAGAGACGUCUACAUCCGUGUGGCCUCCCUGCUGAAGACCCUGCUGAAGAGUGAGGAGUGGGCGCUUGUCCUGCCCCCUUGGGGCCGACUCUAUCACUGGCAGAGUCCCGACAUCCACCAGGUCCGCAUUCCCUGGUCUGAGUUUUUCGAUCUUCCAAGUCUCAACAGAAACAUCCCUGUCAUCGAGUAUGAGCAGUUCAUUGCAGAGUCCGGCGGGCCCUUCAUCGACCAGGUGUACGUCCUGCAGGGCUAUGCAGAAGGCUGGAAGGAGGGUGCCUGGGAGGAGAAGGUGGACGCGCGGCCCUGCAUUGACCCGCUGCUCUACUCCCAGGACAAGCAUGAGUACUACAGGGGCUGGUUCUGGGGCUACGAAGAAACCCGGGGCUUGAAUGUAUCCUGCCUCUCCGUCCAAGGCUCAGCGUCUGUCGUGGCCCCUGUGCUGCUGAGGAACACGUCCGCCCGGUCUGUGAUGUUAGACAGAGCUGAAAACCUGCUCCAUGACCACUAUGGAGGAAAAGAAUACUGGGACACCCGGAGGAGCAUGGUGUUUGCCAAGCAUCUGCGUGUGGCCGGAGAUGAGUUCCGGAGCAAGUUCCUCGACUCCAGCGAUGCCGCGGACAGUGUCCCCGCCGAGGAGGACUGGACAAAGCUGAAGGUCAAGCUGGGCUCCUCACUCGGAGGUCCGUACCUCGCUGUCCACCUGCGGAGGAAGGACUUUAUCUGGGGCCACCAGCAGGAUGUGCCCAGCCUGGAGGGUGCGGCCAGGAAGAUCCGCAGCCUCAUGACGGAGCACCAGCUGCCCAGGGUGUUUGUGGCCACAGAUGCCAUCAGGAAGGAACAGGAAGAGCUGAAGAGGCUGCUGCCUGAGAUGGUGAGGUUUGAGCCCACCUGGGAGGAGCUGGAGCUGUUCAAGGAUGGGGGCGUUGCCAUCAUUGACCAGUGGAUCUGUGCACAUGCCAGGUGCCUACCUGCCCUACUCUGCCUACCCUGCCCUGCUGCUUGGGGGCCACUUUCCCAGGUUCUCACCAUCAGCAUAGACCUCACCACAGGGCACACUUUGCAAGUUUCCUCAUCAGUCAUGGGCCUCGCUCACUGCCUUCCUGAGUUCAGACCUCUCCUCUCCUAGUACGUCCCAUUGCCUGGUCCCCACCCUGACAGUCGCCAGUCCCUGGUGUGGCUGGCAUCCUGAGGACACGGUUCAGGGGGGCCCACGCUGGGUCUCAGGCUCUCAGAGGGAGGCCCGGCCCCAGGACCUUGGGUGGGGAACCAGGGCUGAGACUGGCUCUGCAGGUUCAAGUCAAACAGAAACUCAAAGAGCGUGGUCACUGUUGGUGUGGGCACAGGAAGUGCACAGGCUGGUCUGCGGGCUGACCUGAGGUGGGCCACUGGCGCUGUCCCCAACAGCAGGGCUCCAUGGCCUGCCGGGCAGGCGCAAGGUAGGUUUUUUUCUUCUUGGGGCCAGCUGUGUACAGUACACAGUGGCUGGCAGCGUCCGGUGGCCUGAACGCUACUCUGGGGCACUGGAGGCUGCACGUCCCCUCCUGCCUUGGUGUCCUCAGGAAGUUCCAUGGCAUCUGUGUAAGGUGUCACCCAGCGUAAAAGCACUGCAGCCCCAGGCCACCCCACGGUCACAUCCACUGCUGAGCUCGCAGCUGUGCUGUAGAAACAUCUCAGGCCUCUCAGCCACCGCACCACCCUGGCCUGUGCUGGCAGAGGGCACAGGACGGAGGUGCUGGCAGAGCCACCAGGGCACAGGGAUCCAGGGUCCCCGCCCACCUCACGUGGUGCUGCGGCAGCUGAGGUCCUGUGUGGCUCUGGGAACCUCUCGUGUCGC